GAUCGAUCAGACCCCUCAGGCCGUGCAGAUCUUUCAUAUUCUGGAUAUCCCUCAGACUCUUCAGAUCUUUAAGCUUCUCGACAUUUUUGAAAUCUUCGAGAUCCUAAGAUCAUUUACCCUUCUAAUUCUUCACAUCUUUAAAAAUUGAUGCGAUCUGUCAACUCCCUCAGAGAUAGAUCAUAAUGUGGUUCACCUAUCUCGAAUUGGAUUCCUUUAACCCUGAUGGUCGUUUUUAACCUUGUUCAUCUUUCAAAUGGCACAGGUCUUCGGAACGUACGAGAGAAUAGAAAAAAAAUUGCCGGUGAGGGAUACGAAGGACAUUCACUGCGUGUAAAUUGCUGUUUAUCAUAUACUCGUAAUUAACAAAAACUUAAUUUCGAAUUAAUGACGGAAUUGAACCAAUUUUUUACGACCGAACAAGACCUCCAAUUAUGUAAAUUUUAAGAACAAAAACUUGUUGUUCACGUUCGAAGUAUUCCUACAAGAGUAAGUAAAUCAGAAUCGAGAGAGCAGCGAUGAAGGUGAUAGCGAUUAUUGUUGCACUUUCCGCCGUGGCGCUAUCAAAAAAGUUGCCGGAUAACUUCCAAAUAUGUACUCACUCGGAUCCCAAAAUUAACGAGUGCCUGAAGAGCGCAAUACAAAGUGCCCUAGUCCAAUUGCGCGGUGGAAUAGCCGAAAUCGACGCGGUUCCCAUUGACCCGAUGUUCAUACCGAAUAUCUCGGUUAAUAGAAGUCAACUUGCGAUUGGUAUGGCCAACCUGCGCAUCUUUAACAUGACCAAUUCCGUCAUUGAGUCAGUCAAGGCUUCCAUAACCAAUAAAAGAUUUCGUGCUUUGCUGGUCAUAAAGUCGGCAGAAGUAAAAGUGACAAUGGAUUUUUCACUCGUGGGGAAGCUGCUGUUCCUCAAUCUUAACAGUGGCGGAAAGGGAGAGAUGCUGAUGAAAAACGCGGUAAUAGGAAUAAGCUUGAACGGUGGACUGACGAAUGACCGCCAACAUUACAUGCUCAACACUUUCGCAUUCAAACUUAAUCCAGAAUCGAUGACGUUCUACUUGGAUGGAUUAUUCGGUGGGCAGAAGGCAAUCAACGACGAGGUCCUGAAAGUGCUCAAUGAAAAUUGGAACGUCCUCUUCAAGGAAAUUCAAUUGGAUUUGGAAGAUACGCUGUCAAACAUUUUUAUGGAUUACUCAAACAACAUCUUUAAAUAUGUACCAGUAUGAUACGUACUUGAAUAAACCAUUCUCGGUUUUUUAUGAAUUCA